AUGGAAAACAAGCUUGAAGCAAAAGACAAAAGCAUUCAGAAAAGAAUACCACGUUCGGUACCAAAAGGUAAGGAAAAGAACUAUAAGUAUAUGAUUUAUACUGAAGAGAUGGAAAAUGAAGAAGAUAAAGAUAUGGUUAUGUUGCAUUUAGUCAGAAGAAACAACAAAAGCUUUUACGACCUUGCUAAGAUUUACAAAUCUGACAGAAGUUGGUUCUAUCGCGAAAACUUACCGAUUUCAAUGACCCCAAAUGAAGAUGUGAAACAAAUAGUUCAAGAUACGUUACCUCAAACACACUAUGAUAUGAAAGGUUGUACAAUACUUACCUUCAAAGAAGACUUACCGCUACUGAAAGAAAAAAUAACAGAGUAUUUUGACAACUUCAAACAAGCAGAGUAA